AUGGAGAAAUCAGCAGGGAUUCCUUCUGAUGUGCCUAAUGAAGGUCACCCACAGUCCUGUCAUUCUGGGCCACCACCACCCUAUAUGGAAAAUCCGCAUCCUCAGGGUGGCAGCAUUCCUCCUGGGCAAGGUUAUCCCCAGUAUGACCAAGGCUUGACCGCAAAUCCCCAAGGUUACCCUCCAGCCGGGCAAGGGUACCCUCUAGCCGGGCAAGGAUACCCUCCAGCCGGGCACGGGUAUCCUACAGCCGGACAGGGAUAUCCUACAGCUGGACAGGGUUAUCCGACAGCUGGACAGGGUUAUCCUCCACCUGGACAAGCCUACCCACAAGGAUAUGGGUACCCUCAGCAACAGUUUCAUCACGGCAAUGUUGUACUUGCUCAGCCACUGAUACAGUCACAGCCAAUAACUGGACCACUCCCACGUGAUCACAUGUGCUCAGCUAUCUUUGUCACACUGUGUUGUUUUUGGCCAACUGGCAUUGUGGCAAUCAUGCGAGCCAGCGAUGCUCGAAGUGCCCUGGCUCGUGGUGAUGUUGCCGCUGCCCAUUCCUAUGCCAACUCUGCCAAGAGCAUGGUCACAAUCAGCAUUAUUGUUGGCAUUAUCGCAUUUAUUGUGGUUGGCAUCAUUAUCGGAGUCUAUGUGGGGAUUGUUGUGAACAGUUUGAGAGAUUACGAUUAG